AUGGCUACUCACCUUGCGGCCGUCUCGCUUGCUAAAGGGCAACCUUUGCAAAUCCAAACCCGCCAAACGCCAAAACCAGGUCCAGAUGACCUCCUCGUUGCCGUCAAAUCCAUAGCCCUCAACCCAGCAGAUGUCCUCAUGCGGGAUACCGGCAUCCUCGUGAGCGCACACCCUACGAUCCUCGGCUUCGACGUGUCAGGUCUAGUCCUCGAAGUGGGCGAGAAUGUGCCAGUCGCUCCCUACAACGACAGCCCAUCUGCCUCUUUCCGACCCGGACUUACUCGGAUUGCGGCGUAUUCGGCCUGUGUCUGGAGAGCCUCCGACCCAAACUACGGAGUAUUUCAGGAGACUUGUCUCGUUCCCUGGCAGCAUGCGGUAAUUCUCCCGGACAGCAUUUCUUGGAACCACGCGGUGACGUUGCCUGUCUCGGUCCAGGUGGCCCUCUGCGCUUGGGACGCGAUGGGGAUUCCGCGACUCGACAACCCAAUCAGUGCCCCCGAGAAGGCGGACGUCGCAAACAAAGAGGAGGUACUUUUAGUAUGGGGUGCCUCUUCUAGCGUCGGGAGCAUGGGCGUACAGACAGCUCGGCUCCUACGGAUGGACCCGAGCUCCCCUUUUGCGGCUGUCUAUGCGACGGCUGGCGCAACAAACCACGAGUACGUGGCUUCGAUGGGCGCUGAUCGGGUGUUCGAUUAUAAGGACGCGAGAGUUGUCGACUUUAUUCUUGCGGCGGCUGCUGAGGAUGGGUUAGUGAUUCGCCAUUGCUUCCUAGCGACCGGAUCGCUGGCGCUGUGUCACUCUGUGCUGAAGCAUUUUCUCCGCCGGGACGACGAGACGGUCACGGUCGCAUCUGCGCCGCCUGUUCCUGAUGAGGCAAAACGUUGGAAUGCGCUAGAAACGAUUUUUCUCGUUCCUUCUGUGGUGGAAAGCGAGAGGCUGGAACAAUUCCGGUUCUGGCUUGGCACGUGGCUCCGGAAGAAUCUGGUCAAGGGUACGAUUGUGCCGAGUCCGGAGCCAAUGGUAGUUGGAAGGGGCAUAGAAUCUCUCGAUUCUGCUAUGGACAAACUGCGAGAGGGGGUUAGCUGUAAAAAAUUGGUUGUUGAGGUCGCAAAGUGA